AUGAAAGCAGAAGAUGAUGAAGAAUUACUACUUCAAUGUAGAUGGCAUAAUUGUUGUCAAUCUUUCCCCAACUAUAUUCGAUUACAUGUACAUUUACUUGAAUGCCACUUGAAUAAAUUACCUGAGAUUGUCUGUCUAUGGGAUUCUUGCCAGAAAAAGGAUAUAUUCCAGGAACAAAAUCAGUUAUUGCGUCAUACACUUCUACAUAUAUUUUUUGAAGAUUGCAUAGUAAAUACUAAUAAGCUUCUUAAAGCCCAUCAUAAGGCUUGGAAUUUUGUAUGUUGUGGAAUAAGUUGUCAAAAACCUGCGUAUCUUCAACGAUCAACAGAAACAUUCUUAUGGAAUACCAUAAUUUUGAAUAGAGGUUUCGAAUGUCAAUGGAAAGACUGUGAUUACACUACGAAUUCAGCAUAUCUAUUCAUCGAGCAUGUUAAGGAGCAUGAUUUUCCGUAUGGUAAUGAUAACAAUAAUGAUGAUUGUGACGAUGAAGAUGAUAAUAGUAAUACUAAACUAACUUGUUUAUGGCAAUCAUUGAGUGUGGAUUCAUUGACCAUCUCAGAUCAGUCAAUAUGUGGUUCUAUAAGCGGAUGUCGUUCACAUUUUCAUCGUCAUGUACGUCGUCAUACUGGAUUACCACGUUACAUCUGUUCUAAAUGUUAUGUGUGUUUUGCAGAAUUUAUCAAUUUUAAGGAGCAUUUUACAUGGAGUUUAGUUAAAGAUUGUCAGAAUGUGGUCAAAUUUAAUGGAACAGAUGAAAAUAGUACCAAUUGCCCAAUAUUAUUGAAGUUAAUGGAUGAAUCUUCGCCUUUUCCAAAACAUCUUGAAGGUACAACUAUAUUUCAAUGCCCAACGUGUAUAAAAGUCUUUAUUACUAAGGAAGGUUGGACUUCUCAUAUACGUGAAUGCUCAAAUUCAUUGAACAAAGAGACUGCUGUUAACACUAAGAAAUUGGAUUGUAUUUCACUUUCCCGUAAACAUGUUUCUAAACCAUAUUUUAAAAUAGCUUCGAUUAAUAAAUUAUCAGAAGAAAACUAUGAAUUUUAUUGUCAAGUUCAAGGUUGUUCUUAUAAAUCUACAAAAUUAUCCGCUUAUCGUGCUCAUUAUAGACGUUAUCAUCUAAGUAGUAACCCUGAUGGUUUAUGGUAUUCUUGUCAUCUUUGUUCAUCUUAUCAAGCGCGUAAACCAUUUACAAUUACACAUCAUUUAAAAUCUGUGCAUUCAUUGAAACCGCCUGAUGGACGUUCACGUUUCACAUAUUCUUUUGAUGAGUGUAGUCAAACUUAUCAGUUAGCUGGAAAACCACCAGCUCCAUGUACUGUUCAAGCUCUCUAUAGUAAUAAUAAUAAUAUAGGUGCCACUGGUCCUCUAGCACCGGAUCUCGAUGAAAUUAUUGGCGAUUCAGAUGAGGAAAAUCACUCUGAUGAAGAGUUGCUUACAUCUGCUGAAUUACUGAAACGUUUUUAUAAGAUAUGGCAAAAUGAAAAACUUGCUCCUGUACUAUUAACUGCACAUUCUGACCUGUUAGGUCUUAUUCAAGCUGAAGUGAAUCAGUUAGAAGCUGAAGCUAAAGCCUUACCAGCUGGUGAUUUGAAAGCUCAAAUUAAACGAAUUCAAGUUGAAAGAAUCCGAUUUAUCAUGGUUGAUUACAUGCGUAUUCGAAUGAAAAAGAUUGAACGAUUUGCUGAACAUAUUUUAGCUGAAGAACGUUCACGUAAUUCAAAUGAAUUACCACAUUUGACAGUGGAAGAAUAUCUUUUUGCAAAAUCAUAUUCAAAUAGUAUUCGAGAAUAUUUGAAAACUACAAUUAUUAAUCGUUUACCAGCUAAUAUGCAGUCUAUUAAAGACGAAGAGUUAACUUUUCAUCCAAACCCAAACAGUUAUGUAUUUUGUCAGUCACUGAAGAAAAUUGAUUUUAUAGAAGUAUUCGAUCAUAGUUCAGAUGGAACUCAAACUGCGGUAUCACUUACCUUGGAACCUGGCGCUCAACAUCUCCUACCAUACAGUUGCAUUCGGCCGUAUGUAGAAGGUGGCGAUGUUAUUUUAAUCUAAUAUUAAACUGGAUUGAGUUCUCACAAUUAGAUUCUAUUUUUCUAGCAACCGUUUUUGUUUGAUGUGUUUGUGUUUAAAUUGUUUUUUGUACCAAAAUAUACUAUAAUUUAUGC